AUGAAACCUUAAUUAAUUCCUUUGAUAAAGUUAAAAAAUUAAUAAAAAUCUUUUGCUGGAGGUUUCGGGUCGACAGCAGCCAAGAUACCCUAAACCUAAUUUCAAAAAAUAAUUAUUAUGGUGCAAUUUUUAGAAAAUUUGGAGCAAGUGCAGCCUACUCUGGCGAUUCGAGAUUUUAGCCUGGCUUCACCACAUCAGCAUCCACUUAGAGACCUUAUAUUUGAUAUAACCCAAUAAAUUUCCGUGAGUGUGUGCCAACACUCAACUCUGAGAAUAAAAAUUUAACCAUGCCCUACCCUCUAAUGCUAAACCCCGACUGGUCAUUCAGGAAAUAAAGUUGAAGCCCUAAAGCUAGUUGAAGCGCUAAAGCUAGAUGAGGCAUUGCUAAAGACGAAGGUUCUAUUGGCAUAUCAACUUGAAGUAUUCGAGCUCACAAGAACAAAAAUACCUAUUGUUGAGUAAGAGGAUACUGAAACUAACUGUUUGUGCUAAAGGAAUUUGUUUAAUAAAUCAUACAGAGUUUAUGAUUUGAUCAACAUUUUAAUAAUCUUCAAAGGACCAAACAGCAGCCGACUCACUUUAAAAUUAAUUUUGCUAUGUGACAAUAGUUUUCUCGAUGGGUAAAGACUUCAAAAAAUAGGAGCAGCAGAGCCUUGUCUCAUGUUGAUUUGCUCAGUUGCCGUCGAGAAAUUUGUGGUUGCUGAACAUUAUAGUGGCCAUCAACCAUAUUUGGAGAAGCCGAAAGAAAACAUUGCAAAAAAUGGCUCAGGAAGAAACGAAUAUGAACGUAGAAUAUGCAAGAAAAUUGCGGUUGCUGAGAAGAGAAAAAUUAUGCACCUACCCUACCCUCUAAUACUAAACCCCCAUUUCUAUUGGAGGAAUGUAAGUGGAAAUAGUGGAUUAGGUUGA